CCGACCAUUGCCAGAGUCCAACAACAACAAAAAUGAAGAAGAAGCAUGUCGUCGCCUGCUCAUGACAUGUUUUCCCCGCGACAUUCAACUUAAGCAAUUGAGCACUCGACGGGCUCUAGUUAUAUAGCUAUCUUUCUGUAGAAGGGCCGUGUAUUUACCUCGAAAAUGCUCAAAAAGAAAUCAAGUAGCACUGAAAAGAAACGAAAACACUCGCAGUCUGAAGAAAGACACGAAAACAAUAAACGCAGAAGUGGCGAAUCCUUCUUGGAGCAGGGCUCUAAGGACGAACUGGCUGAUGCAGAGCUGGACAGGAUUGGCAGUGACAUUGAGGAGGGCGGACUAAACCUCACCCUGCCGUUCCAGCCCAUCACAGCUUAUGUCACCAACAAGCGGGAGAUGCUGGAGCAGUGUCUCCAUGUGCUGGGGGAGAAGAAGCUACGGAAAAUGCUGCCUGAUGAACUCAAGGACUGUAGUUUGGAGGAAAUCCAAAAGAUGUGCUGGGAGCAACUGGAGCCAAUCUCAGAGAACAAUCUCUUACAGAUCUUAGCAGGGGAGGAGCUGACAUCUGGAAAUGGUGAUGAAAACACAGAAGAUGCCUUGGAAAGCCAGCAAGACAAUAAUGUGGACUCUACAUCUUGCCUCAAAGAAACUGCAAAAACUGAGGACCCUAAGCAAGAGGGUGGUGGUUCAGGUGAGGAGAGUGACGUCCUAAGCAUAAACGCAGACACGUACGAUAGUGACAUAGAAGGACCCAAAGAGGAGCAGACUGUUAAAGCUGUGGACAGGGCAUUGAGAGUAGUGGACAGCAGCAGGGAGAGCGCUGACCCACUUGUAAACCCUGACCCAGCAAACCCUGAACCUUCCACAGGCCUUCAACAAACCGAAGCAAAAAAAGACAUCCAAAGCGACAUCGACAAAAGUGUCAGUGAGAUAUUAGCACUUUCAUCCUCUUCAAACGAAGAGGAAGCUAAAGAACAGAGCGUACCGCCGCAGUCCACAGAUGUUAGUUUACCUGUGCAGGGCGCUCCUGUUUCAAGUCGUGCACCUACAGCAGGUCAGCCGUCAAUUCAGCAACUGGAGCUUCUGGAGUUGGAAAUGAGGGCGAGGGCCAUCAAGGCCCUGAUGAAAGCAAGUGAUGGGAAAAAAAUGUCUGUAACCAAAAAUGUGUAGCCUGUUGUAUUUGUUGGUUAGGGCAUCUUUUUAACCCCUGCUUUAUUGUUCUGAGUGUACAAUUCAAACCGUGUUUGGAUAUUACUCCAUAUUGGAAUGAUAUUACAGACUAUUUAAGGCAAAAUUAAACACAUCUGGGCCUGUCCUACACUGAAUGAAUGUCUUAUGAUUAACAUAAUGAUAUUUCCAAAUGUAUUUUUCGCUUCGGUCACUAGAUGGCAGUGUUAACCUGCCGCUGUUCAUUCAUAGCAAUUUCCUAAUAUGUGCAAAGGAGAGCAAGAGAUCUGCUCACAUUACAGCCAGAAUGGUACAGGCAGCAUGGAAGGCAAGUUUUCUUAGUAAUGUUGUACACUUGGGGUACAACAUUUUACAAUACUAGAGGAUGUGAGACUAUCAGGAAGAUCCUUUUGUACGUGGCCUGAGCUUUGCCAGCCAACGUAGGUUGCAGCAGUGUUGUGCUGUCAUUUGCAGUAGACAAAAAUGCGGUGUUUAUUCACUGAACACGUGUUUGAUGUGUCAGGCUGGAGUAUGAAUAGUAAUACCAUGCACUGCCAUCCCUUCCACCUCUUUUCUGUCUUCUAAAUGUUAAGGCUGGUUUCUAACAACAGGUUUGGCAA